GACGGUUCAGUUCGCCACUAGCUCUCACAAUCAGCAUGGCCUUGAACUCAGCAUCGAGUCCUCGUCUGUCCGUGUCAUCUGGCGACCCGUCACCUUCAACACCGUCCAGACUCAGUCCUCCGCCCAUUCAUGAUGUCCAAGAGGACAACGAGACUUGCUCAAGCAGCGAACUGACAGAACAGCAACUACGGCAGAUAUAUGAUGAUGAAGAGAUAGAGCGAUUCCUUCACCUCUUCUCGUCGUACGUCACAGAAAUUCGGCUACCGAGUAGCUCAACGGAAUCUCUGAACAUUCCCAUCGUCACGGGCGAAGAAGCUGCACGCCCACAUAAACCCAACCGAGAAGAUUCCGAUCCUUCCAGGCCUCCGCCGCUACCUCUUCGACAAGGACAAAAACGGUCUCCGUCUGAAACGAUUGCUAAUGAAUACUUGCGUCCUCUUCUACCUCCUGUGCCUCUCCCGACUCCUCCAUUCACCUUCAAACGUUUCCAACUCACCAGUCAGCGAUUGUACCUAGCAACUGUACCCAACUAUACGGCCUUUGCAUUGAAUAUGGUCCGUUUGGCGCUUUGGAAAGAUCACACAAGAAGCACUCGUUUCUGCCUUCUUUAUUGGAUUUUGUGGUAUUACGACUACUUACUUCCCGCCUUGCUGUGCCGCAUUAUCUUUGGCCUCUUGCGGCGCAGGAUCUUUCCGUAUCCCACUGCGAAAGAACUAGAGAGUCGUCGUCAAGACACGGCUCGUGCCGAUGAACUGGGGAACGAGAUCCAGAGGCGUCUGGCCGACUCUACAGUCGGGGUUGGCGAUGUAUGGGGUUUGUUCCGUACAUACAGACGUAUCAAGAAAAAACAAGCCGCAUUUAUCGCCAAGUCUGCAGCUAAUCAGACGAUUUCGGACGAAUCGCAAGCCGUGUCUGGCUCGCCGUUAGUAGGAGACGAGAACCCGACCGGCCUGGAGGAAUCUCAGUCGAGUAAAGAAGACCAAGAUUUGAAACGAGACAUUCUGCAUGCGAUGAAUGAGAUUGCCGAUAUUCAUGAACGCGUCAAAAAUAUAUUCCUCUGGCGCAGACCGUCUGCGUCCCGGAUAUAUACCAUUGCCUUAGUCAUUUUGCUGGCAGCUGUCGUUGUCUUACCCGCUCGUUACCUUGCCAAACUGACAUAUCUCGUCACGGGGAUCGCCUUUUGGCACCUGGUACCUGUCAUUGCAGCUCUAUCACCGUCUGACCGCGCUCGUCUACCACCAGCAUUUGACAAUGUUCCCACUGAUGCCGACUACGCCAUGGACUUGAUUUCUCAGCGGGUAGCGAAUGGGCUGGAUGUGCGCCCGAAGUCUAGGGCUCGACCCCCAAACCCAAGCCCAUCACCCACGAAUGCAAGCACAUCUAACCUGCCUGUCUCUUCACAUGUCUUUGAACAAGAGGCUACUCCGCGGUCUAAGGAUGGACUGAAUUGGCAAAAGAUGGGCACCCAUGUCGCUCGAGGUAAAGCAUGGGUGGAAGAUGGUAAACGUCUAUUAUCGACAGGACACCUUGCGUUGCCGAGUGAACGCGAUGCGUCUUCUCUGCGAUCCAGACAUCCCCCUACCCAGGUGGCGUCAAACCCUGUGCCAGGGGAGACGGUGACCCAUACGUACCCCGCACAACAUACUUCAGGACCGGGUCUAAUCACGCUGACAAAUAUGACAUUCUUCUUUACGCCACUUGCUUCAUUAAAGGCGAAGCUACAAAUACCCCUUGAUCAGGUGGCAGGUGUGAAGAAGACUGGACUCGUCAAGGGACUCUCUCUGACCUGGACGACAAACGAUGAUGGAACGUCAGAAAAGCAAGAGAAGUUUCUGUGGACGGCAGAACGUGACGAUCUGUUCGCGAGGCUAUUGGGAUCGAGCGGAAAAGGUCGCCAGUGGAUGCGAAUCUAGAGCCAGUGAAGUUGCCUUCUGUGUAGCUGAACUGUUCCACAUACACGUGCACUUCCCUAAUGACCUUCUAUCUUAUUUCAAUGCCCUAUGCCUUGCGAUCGGUUGCUUUUGCUUCGAAGAUGGCGCGAAUCCGUGAAGACAUACUUGGCUACACACUUACCCUGCUUGUUUUGCCUUGUUUCCUCUCGUUCUGCGCUGGUUCACUGCUUGUCAAAAUCCAGCUGGUCUGCUUCUUCCGUAGCGGAAAGACUGCGCAUUUAUGUACCGUAAAUACUGAGCUCUGCUUCGUUCUGCCUUGGCUUGUUUCCUCUCCCUCCCUGUCCACUCUGCCUUGGUCCUUGUGCCGGUGAGGUUAAUCAUGUUUUUCUCCGCCGAAGUACUAUCAAAGCGCGACAAUGGAUUCGGAUUACUAUGGCUUGCUGCGACCCUAGGAUCCAAGUCCUCUUUCAAAAAGUUACCCAGACGUUCUGUACUCUCCGCGGACCUGGCCCAACUCUGCGACAAUAUUGCUACCCCAUCAGAACCUUUGGCCCUUCGUCUGUCAAGCAACCUGAUGGUGGGAGCAGCUCGGUAGGUUCGACGGUGGACUCGUAAAUCACUUUCUCAAGCUUCACAUCCCUGUUCAGCGUCUACAAAGUCAAGCAAGAAUUUUUGUUAACCGACGUGACCGCAUGCUAUGGCUCCCUUAAACGCGUUGUCCAGGAAUUUCACUCAUCAGCACCUUCUGAUGCUCAGAUCCAGAUGGCGCAGGCCAGCGUGCGCCCAUCUGCGGUGACGAUAUCUUUCGAUUCGAAUACAGUGUUGGCAAUGGACUUCACCAAUUUGAUUGAUGACUGGAGUGGCUAUCUUAACAUUGGAGAAUCGGUAACCUAUGAAGAACAAAGUGAAUAUGGCGAAACUCAAGCUGCCAUGAAGUCAAAGGGGCGGCAGACAGUCUUGAAGCCAGCAAACACCUUGUUGGACGAAAGUCACGAGUUCUUGAUCAGUUCAUCCUUUGACGGUGCUUCAGGUGUCAGAGGCAAUGCACCGUACAUAUCUUCUUCCCAACAGGAGGGGUUUCACGACGAUUACUUCGAUGUCUUGGACGGUGGGGAGCUUGAAAAUGUUUUCGCAGAAGAAAUGGCAAAAGAACUAGGCGAAGGAUGGGCAGCCCCUCCGUCGGCUCUAAUGUCACCUGCGGAGGCAGUAGAAGCUCGCCGCAAUGAUCUGCCUGUUGACAGAGCCAUUGAAGCGGCACAUAGCAAUAUUAUGCUUCGGGAUGAGACUGUCCCACUAAAUGAGGAAUACGGCGAAGGACCAAAUGAAAUGCAGAUGUAUGAACCUAUGGAAGAACAAGCCUCCCAGAAAGAAAAAAAUCGCGCACCAGAGCUUAUUCCAAGCCCCCGUGUUGGUGCAUCACCCCUUGAGCCAAGUCCUCCAGCGCCAGACUCGAAGGAAACAAACAAGGCACCAGAAACCGCUCGAGUUGGGCGCAAGCCGCCAAAGGCCUCUAGAUUGCAGUUCGACUUUCGCAUAGAACUGACAGAUGACGAAAUGAAGGUGGUGAUUUUUGAAUCUGGUUAUCAGUUUACUCAUUUCCCUACGUCUACAAAGGCUUCACGUGCUGAUUACGUUGAAGGACAAGAUGCCAUCAGGCAAGCUGUGAUGCUCAAAAGGUUCGAGAGAGACAGUGGCC